GCUGACUGUGCAAACCAGUUCAUGUUAACCAAUCAACAUCAUUCAGCACAGGAGCUUUAAACCCCCCUGCUGCUGACCAAGCACUGCAGCGGACAGACAGACUUCAGUGCGUUUCAUAUUUUUAUGAAAGUGAGCAAACGUGAGCAAUGUCUGCAAACAAAGAGGGGAUGCACUUCAAUCUCAUCGACGGGCCUGACGAUGACUGCAGCAGUCCAGAGGUGCGAUAUUCAGUAUUUCAGAACCCAGAUAAAAGUAGAAAGCAAUUUUGCCAAGAUCCCUUCAAGGUGGCAACCGCAUGUCUGACUGCUUUCUGCCUCAUCUUACUCAUGAUCCUGGUGGUCACAAGUGUUCACAGCGGCAAGGCACGAUCUGAUCAGGAUUCUCCGUCCAGCACUGCUGAAUUGCACAUGCAGAAGGGCUGCGCUAACGUAUCGGCUCUGACUGAAGAGCUGCAGGCCGUGAAGAAAGAAAAGAGUGAACUGGAGAAAGAACGGACGCAGUUGAAAAACAGAAUCACUGAGCUUGAGGCAACCCCUGCACCACAAACCACUCCAUUGCCAACGAAAAGUCCCUGUCCUGAAGACUGGAAGCACUUUAAUGGCAGCUGUUACUACGUCUCAGAAUACAGAAGGAGCUGGUCGGACAGUCAGAUGAACUGCAAGCGGCAAGGAGGACAUCUGGCCAUCCUCCUCACAGCUGAGGAACAGACGUUCAUAUGGAACCUGCUGCCCCGUGGAUACUGGAACGCUUUCUGGUUUGGCAUAAGUGAUGCAAAAGUAGAAGAUGACUGGUACUGGGUGGACGGAACUAAACUAGUUGGAGGUUUCUGGGAAGAUGGCGAGCCAAACAACCAUAUUAAUGAAGACUGUGGCUACAUGAUAAAAACAGAUGUGUUAAGCCGUGUGGCUACCAAGAGCUGGUAUGACGCGCCCUGCCACAUGUCUUUGCCCUGGAUCUGUGAGAAACAGGUGUCCUCGUGAUCUUCUCUCCCACCACCAACAUCAACAGACAUUCACUGAUUGUUAGUAAUGCAAGCUAUAAUGCAAUUUCCAUUGCAUUUAGAAUGUCUUGGGAUUUUCAGUCAGUGUUUUAGUCAUGGGUCAAAAAAAGCAAUUAACUGUUCAUUUUAACUGUGUAUUCUGAUAACAUAUGUGCAUUAAUCUACAUUUAGCUGUGCUUUUUAACACUGGAUGAUUUAGUGAAUUCA